AUGAUCCUCAGCCAGCUGACCACUCCUUUGAGCCUGCUCAGUGGGGCCUGGCCGCCCACAGGCUUAGGGAGGCCUGGACCCCGAGGCCUCCCGGCUCAGCCCCAGGCUGCUGCCAAUGAGACCCAGUCUCUGGGUCAAGGGGCCCCAGCUUUCCCAGUGCCAUCCUCUGCCCUUGGCAGAUGGAAGGCCUUCCUGGGUCUGCAGAAAACUGGGCAGCUGGGGACCGGCAGGAUGCAGCACGGGCAGGAUGUGGCAUCACUGUCUCUGCCGCUGGACCCACAGGAAGUGGCCCAGGAGAUGUGCAAAGCCGUGCCCUUCACUCAAGUGCUCUCCCGGCUGGGCUGCAUGGCUGUCUACUUCCUCAAUCACCUCUGCUUUGGCCACUGCUCCUCUUUCUACAUCCCGUUCAUCCUCUGCAACAGCUGUGUGCCCGCUCGCACGCGCUGGGCACCUGUGGUGCUCUGGUGUUGGGCGGGCAGCCCAGCCUCCCGUCGCCAGGUGAAGAUGUCCACUGUGCAGGUUGAGGGGUGUCAGUGCGGACCAAAGGCAUGA